AUGCCGGCUAAAGCUCCCACAUCAAUUGGAGAUCCUGUGUAUCCUCACGGUAUCAAUAUUCCAAGCAAUUUCACUAUUCCGUCCGGAAAUGUUUUUAAAUUUACGUUAAAACUUGCUGGAUUUGUCUGGUAUUUAUGUGAUACUUCAAGUAGUGAUAAAUGGAUUGAAGAUCAAUUUCGAUCAGUGUAUUUUAAUACCAAAGAUGAUAUCGCCGGCUUCCCUACUUCAGCUGCGGCUGUAUUAGAU